AUGACAACAAAUCAUAAACCAUUAUCAAUCAUUGCUAAAUGUGCAUUAUGUUCAAUAAAAACAGAACUAUUUGUUUGUUCACAUUGUGAUAAAGUUAUUUGCCAAAUAUGUGUUGAUAAACAUCAAUUAAAACUUAAUGAAAUACUAAAAGAACAAUGGAAUUUAUGUAAAACAAAAUAUUUUAAUUUAUAUCGAUUAUCAGACAUCUAUGCUAAAGAUAUGGUAAAUAUUGAGAAUGAAAUCGAUCGAAUACGUUUAUUAAUUAAUCAACGAUCUAUGGAUUUAGUUAAUUUAAUUGAGCAUGAGAAAAAUAAUUUAUUAAAUAAAAUAGAAGAGUAUAUUCAAUUAAAUUCAUCUAACGUUAAACAUAGAGAUCUACAACAAUUAUUUGAUUCGAUUAAUCAACGACUUAAUACUAUAUUUGAAGAUCCUAAUGCUUCAUAUAAUACCGAAGAUUUUCUUUUGGAAAUCGAACAUUUCAAUACAUUGAUGUACAGUCGAGAAAAACAGAUACAGACAAAUUCACCUAAAUACCCUGGUUUAUCCCCUGGGAAACCGAUAAGUAUAUCUGAUAUAUUCGGUGAAUUACAAUGGAAUUCUACACCAAUGUCAAAUCAUACAUUGACUAGAUCAUCAACUAUUGAUAGUUCAAUUUUAAAUUCAACAAUAAAUGGGCAUAUUCCUACUGAGAUUAUUAAUGGAUUCCAAGAGGAAUCGAAAACUGAAUCAGAGAAAACAACAUCAAUGUCUGUAAUGCAAAGACAAAAACAAUGGACAAUAGAUGCAGCAGGUGUACCUCAUUUUCUAUGUGUACUUUCAAAGAAAAAUCAUCUUCUUUUUGCUUGUGAUAAAUUUGGUUCUAUUGAUUUAUAUCAACUUGAUAGUAAUGAACCGAAAACUAGUCCUCGUCAUUUACGACAAUUUGAACUUUUUCCUGGAAAUACGACUAGUCAACAACCACAAAUUAUUGAAACAUUUACUGUUUAUACACCAUUUAUUGUAGUUGCAGCUCAUUUAAAUGACCAAGCUGAUACAAGUUCAAUAUAUUUUUUUGAUCAUCGUGGUUUAAAACAAGCCGACACAUGUUUACAAAAUUUUCCUGUUCGACAACUUUCAGCCGAUGUUAGUUUUAAAUGUUUAUGGGGUAUUGAUCGCCAUCAACAUGCAGUUUAUUAUAAUCAAUUACCAAUGAAUGUUCAACAAAUUCCAACUUACAUAGAACAUCGUGAAGAAUUUAUUAAAUUUAAUCGGAAUUUUGAACCAAUACGAAUAGCCCAAAAUCAAACAUCUAUUGCUAUUGUUGAACGUAAUUCUCAAUGUGCACAUAUAUUUGAUAAACAAACAAAAAAACAAAUAGAUGAAGUUGAAAAUUUAUUACGUACAAAAGGAAUAUUUCGUUUAUGGAAUGUUCUACUUCGUGAUGAUAAUUCAAUGGUACUUAAAUUGGAUGAAGAUUUACCUCCGAAUAGUCGACCACCUUCAAUAAAUCAUCUUGUGCUUGAACUUGAUCCCAAAGGUAUACCUAUAUCACAAAUUGAACGAACAUCUGUGUAUGGCCUUGCUAUUGGACCUAAUCAAGAAAUUUUACUUGGUUGUAAAAGACAUCAACAAAAUGGAUUAAUUGAAUGUUAUAUUUAA